AUGGAUUUUAAAGGAGUCGAGCCACAAAAGAACGCGAAAGGCUACAACGAUGGGGAGAAAUCGAAGAUCGACUCGCCAAAAGUUGAUGCGAAGGAUGAAAAGGCGAAACAUUCCUGGCAAGCUAAACCUGCAAAAGACAUGAAGCAUUCGGAAAAAAUGACGAAAGGGGCCUCAAAAACUGGUACAUCAACUUCGACAAAGGAGGAACAACCAGCUGCUGAAGUUAAACCGAAACUUGCAGCUCCAUUACCGCCACCGACCAUUGAUCAAGCGAAAUUGUUGGCAGAUUCUGAAGUGAAAGCCACGGCCGCGGCAAAGAAGAUCAACUUGAGGGACUUCAUCAAGAAACACCUUUUGGAAGGAAGCCGAAAAAUGGAAUACGAUCUCGAACAAGUGCACGCAAUUCUUGACAUGGCCAAGUUCGCUUUCCUGAAGACUUCUCCACUUCUUGAAUUGAACGCGCCCGUCAACAUUUGCGGGGACAUACACGGCCAAUAUGGGGAUCUCUUCCGAAUCUUUAACUCUUGUGGACUUCCAUUCAGAAAGAAGUAUUUAUUUCUUGGAGAUUACGUUGAUCGUGGACGACAUUCGCUAGAGGUGAUUCUUCUUCUGCUGGCAAUGCGAAUCGAGUUCCCAAAAAAAGUCUAUCUUCUGCGGGGAAACCACGAGCUUGCCAACAUCAACAAAGUUUACGGCUUCCUCGCUGAUUGUCGAAGUCGUUUUCGCUCGGGGUCUGAUUGGAAGAUCUUGUACGAUCAUUUCAAUGAGAUUUUUGCCGUGAUGCCAUUGGCCGCUGUUGUGAGCAAUCGAAUUCUUUGCAUGCACGGAGGUCUUUCUCCCGACUUGAACAGCCUUGACGACAUCCGCAAAUUGGUUCGUCCAAUCGUGUUCGUGCGGGGUCUGGCGCAAGAUCUUCUUUGGGCGGAUCCAGAAGCUGGAAUUCAGGGAUUUCAAGUUAACAAGAUUCGCGCCGUGUCGCAUAUUUUUGGUGAAGAUGCGGUGGCGGCAAAGUGCAAACAGUUGAAUAUCGAUCUCAUCAUAAGAGCACACCAAGUUGUCGAAUAUGGAUACGCCUUCUUUGCAAAUCGUCUGUUGAUUACAGUGUUCAGUGCAGCGAGGUAUCACGAGGAUCUCUGGAAUUUCGCGGCCGUCGUCAAGGUGGACGAGAAACUUGAGGUGUCAUUUGUUCAAUUGAAGCCUUCCGAAUAUGAACAGUACCGUCGCGAGAAGCAACAAACUGCUAACGUCACUGGUGACAAUCCGGAUGAAGAGGAUAAA